AUGUCCACUUUUACCAUGUACCCCUCCACUGAACCGGACAAUCAAGCAGCACAAAGCACGCGGGUUGAUCCAGUUCACCCUGCUGUCCAUUUUGGAGCCACUGCACAAUUGCAACAAGACAACAACACCGCUGAGGGUCAAGCUCGAGAAACGAACCAGGACGACGGCAUUGAGUCCAUUAUGUUCGACGCGGUUGGAAAUCGUAAUCAAGCCUUCGAAGAUAUGACUGAGGACAACCUCAGAGAGGCUAUAGCAAAUCUCUUCGGUUAUGCCCGUGUUGGGAAUGGUUUGGGAUAUAUGUCGCCUGUGCAACAGGCCGCGCAGCAGGCAUAUGCCCAUUUCCAUGCAGUGUCGUCAAAGAAAGGAACAGGCUUACAGAACGCGACUUGA